AUGUGCCGGUGCUUGCAGCAAUCUGACAAUGAGACCCUUGAGAUGCUAUGGAAAUGUGGUUUGAGUGUCACUUUGACGUGCAUUGCUGGCGCAGAUUCGACCCACUUGUUGAAGCGGAGUUUGUUGGCCUCAGAGGACUACUCCUUUGCUGCAGAGCUGACAGACACUUGGUCUCACUGGGCGGCCAAAGUCAACGAGUUUUUGAAGUCAGCGCCGAGCAAAAAACCAGCUGACCAAGAGAAGUGGCUUCGUGACAAUGAGAUCUGCUUCCGGGGUAGCGUGGCAAGCAGAGCUUUGGUGAAUGCUGUUGUGGCCAUGAGACGCUUUUCGUCAGAGAGUUUAGCGGUGCUGAAAAAGAUCGACUCAGAGUUCGGCACUGGUGUCUUUAACUCCGGCUAUGUGAAGCUGGUUGUGGAAGAUGCAAUCCUUUGGGUGCUUCAGGCUGCUUAUGUUGCCUUGAAGCGGAAGCAAGCGCAGCCAACCUUUUUCACGACCAAGAAUGUGGACUCUGGCAAAGAUUCAGGAGGCUGGUACCAUGUCACUUUAUCGAAGUACUUGCUGCUGGAGCACAUGAUUCACGUGGUCCAGAACCUGCAGGUUGAUUCGAAGCCGCUCUUGGAAGCCUUGCAAGCGAUCCGCAGCCCUUUGAGCUUCCAUGCUCUGUAUCCGGUCGAAGAGGAGGAUUCGGAACAUGGGCCCAGCUUUGUGGGAGCGACUAAGCGGUGGUAUGGCUUGGCAGUUGCCCUGUACUACAGUGAGUAUGAUGAAGACUUCAUCAAAAUGGCGAAGAAGAAGCCGGGUGUCACGGAUUUGCUGUAUGAUGCAGAGGGCCCUCAUUCCAACCUUGCUCUUCACCAAGAGUGGACGGCAGCCAUGGCUGAGCUGGGGAAGGGUUCUGAAAUUGUCAAGAUCUCUGAGGAAGGGGCCCCGACCAUGAGUGUGCGGACUCUUGCCAGGAUGUCCAGCGACCCUGACGCAGACAUGGCCACACAUCGUGAGCAACGGCAAAAGGAGAGGGAUGAGAUUUGGCGACAGGCGCAGGCAUUGCGCAAGAAGGUCGUCAACUUGGCCCCGGCGCGAACUGAGGCCGACCUCGAUGGGUUGUGGAACAAGAGUUUGGCUGAAGACGUCAAGUCUUUCAGCGGAGAGCUGAAUCAAGCACAUCGGCUUUGGGUUCUUUCGACGGACUUGCUUGAAGAGAGCCAGUUGUCUCCAUGGAGCUCCGUUGGCAGCUUGUCGGACAAGACCGAGGCCAAGAACCUCUUGAAGUGGAUGCUGGCGAAUGCAAACAAGCCAUUUGAUUUCGUGCUUGUUUGGGAUGGUCGGUCUUUGAGCAACCGCCGGUUCUUGGAUGAGGAGUUGAAAGUGACACAGAACACCUCUACCACGACUGAGUUGUGGAUCGGUUACCGUGCUGCUGCGCGGCCAGGGCGACGAGUUUUUGGUGGCCACAUGUCGAAAGAAAUCGGCUACCUGAAGUCUAAUGUGGCCCGGGACAAAUAUGUGGAGAAAGGUGCUGGCGAUGAUGGUAUCAGUACCUAUGACACCGGCUUCUUGGGCGUUGAGCUUCCCUCGCUACCAAGUUUGCCAAGGAUGCUUGAGACUGAGAAAGAGCAGGUCAUGGGCAAAAACAAGAGUGGUUCAAAGCCGGCAGCAUGGAGCCGGGCUGGUGUGCCACUUCUGUGGCAAGAGAGCAAGAGCCAGAGCCUCUGGGAAGCGGUGCUGAGCAUGACGAAUGCAAAGUGCAUCAUCGACCUCUCCAGUGGCAGCGGGUGCUUGGCAAAGGUGGCAAUGAAGCAGAAUUUGCCAUAUUUGGGCAUCACGAAGAACAAGGCCCACAUGGCGUUCUUGAACAAUGUCAUCGACAUGUACGCCAUCAAAUGUUUGUCCCAGUCGACACACCCACUUUACCAGCAAAAUCUGAGAGAUCUUUUGGCCGAGCACUUCAGUGAGGAGGUGAAGCGUGUGGAUGGCGAGGAUGAUCUUUCGCCAGAAGAGCUCCUUGCCUUGCAAAAGGACGUGUCACCGUGA